AUGCUGUUUCUGCAAAUUGCAUUGCUUCUGACUCUUCUCCCAUGUGGUAACAAUGAGAAUGAUUUCCAGGAGCCAAUCACCUUCCAAAUCAUUCGGAUCUCAUCAUUUUAUAGCCGAUUCUUUACACAAAAUCUGGGCUCAGCUUGGCUGGAUGAGUUGCAGACUCAUGCCUGGGAAAAGAACUCUGACACAGUCAUUUACCUGCAUCCUUGGUCCAAAGGCAACUUCAGUGAUGAGGAGUUGAUAGAAGUGGAAAACAUACUUCAUACAUUCUUCAUUAGACUUGGUCAGGCACUUUACAACCAUGCCAGUCAAUGGCAACUUGAAUAUCCCUUUGAACUGCAGGUAGCAGGUGGCUGUGAGAUGCACACCAGAGAUGCCUCAGUAGGCUUUGUGCAAGUCGGUUAUCAAGGAUCAGACUUCCUAAGCUUCCAGAAAAAUUUAUGGGUACCCUCUCCAGAGGGUGGAAAUAGGGCUGAAUUUGUCUGCGCACUAUUCAAUUUGUACCAAGGCACCCAGGAAAUAAUACACAAGCUGCUCAGUGACACCUGCCCACGUUUCCUCUUGAGUCUUCUCGAUGCAGGAAAGGCAUAUCUCCAGAGACAAGUGCGACCAGAGGCCUGGCUCUCCCCAGGCCCCAGUCCUGGCCCUGGCCACCUGACACUGGUUUGUCAUGUCUCUGGCUUCUACCCAAAGCCCAUUUGGGUGAUGUGGAUGCGGGGUGAGCAGGAGCAACAGGGCACUCAGAGAAGUGACGUCUUGCCUAACGCUGAUGGGACGUGGUAUCUUCGGGUUUCCCUGGAUGUGAAAGCCAGUGAGGCAUCUGGCCUGAGUUGCCGUGUGAGGCACAGCAGUCUAGGAGGCCAGGACAUCAUUCUCUACUGGGAUCAUCACAGCUCCACUGGCUGGAUCAUCUUGGCAGUGAUUGUGUCCCUGGUCCUCCUGGCUGGUCUUGCCUUUUGGCUUAGGAAGAGCUGGACUUGCUGUAAACCUUCAAACAGACUUCUCUCUUUGGAAUGA